GUGAUGACGUCAUUGGGGGCGGGACAUGUGUGAUGACGUCACGGGGGGUGGGACCUAUGUGAUGACGUCACGGGUGGGGGAGGGGGGAGGGGAGGAGCGUGGCGGUACGGCGGCCGCGAGGAGGGCGAGGGGUCCCCCCCCCAGCCAUGACCUCCAAGGCCAAGCGGGUGCUGCCCACCCGCCCCGAGCCACCCACCGUGGAGCAGGUUCUGGCCGACGUGGGGGGCACGCGCCCGGCCGACCCCAUCCUGCUGCUGCCCGCCGAACCCCCCCGGACCCCCGGCGGUGACCACGAUGGCCCCGUGCCAGGGCAGGAGGCGGCGGAGGAGGAGGAGCGGGAGCGGCUGUACCGGCAGAGCCGCGGCUACGUGGAGAUGAACCGGCGGCUGCGGGAGGCCCGCGGGCAGCUGGCGGAGAAGUGCCAGGAGCUGCGGCGGGCGGGAGCGGCGCUGGAGCGGGACAUGGCCGAGACGAGGCAGAAAGCCUUCUGAGCCCCCCCGGGGACAAGGAGGAGGAGGAGGAGGAGGCGAGGGUUUGCAUCCCGGGGGCGUUCGCUGGGCCCCCCCGGGACGUCUCCAAGCGCUUUGGGGUGCGCCCACGGCACCGGCGGCGCUUGGUUCCGCGAGGACUCGGUG